ACUCAAGAAAGUGAUAUAUAUGGAUUUGGAAUUAUUGCAUAUGAAGUCUGUACAGGGCUUCCUCCUUAUCAUGAUAUUGCUCAUGAUAAAUUCUUAACUAUUAGCAUUUGUCAAGGACUUAGGCCAAAAUCAAAUUAUAAAAUUCCUCAAUUAAUUCUAAACAUAAUUAAACAAUGUUGGGAUGCUGAUCCUUUAAAACGACCUAAAGCAAAAGAAUUAAAAAGUUUAUUAUACAAUUUAUGGGGUGAAUCACUGACUUUUUCUGGCGAAACUGAAAUCAAAAACCAAAUUGUAGAAGCAGAUGAAAUUAAUGAGAAGUUAACAUCAUCAUCAUCAUUAUAUACUGGACCUACUCUUUCAUAUACUACAAAUCCUCAAGCAGUUUACACGACUAGACUUUUAGAUUUUAAAAAUCUUCCAGAACCAAAAAAUGAUAUUGAUAACAAGGAUGAUGAUAAUUCAUUUGGAGAAUAUUCAGAAUCAAUAGAAGCAAUAGAUUUUACUAAACUAGACCUAGGUACUUAUAUACAUUAACUUUUUACAUGAUUUAUUUUAUUAAUAAUAUUAUUUAAUAAUAUAUUUUUCACUUGUUGAUAAAAGUAACUGAAUUAAAGAAAGGAAAGGUAUCUUUGGUAUAAAUUUCUUUAUUAUUU